UAUAAUUAUUGCGAACUAGUUGAUGUACAAUGUGCAGUGCUGGCAAAUGCCGUACCGAAGACAGUAGCUCUUGCUGCAGCCCUGGUCUAUUUUGUUGUCUUGGAAUCGCUCGCAAUAAUUAACAAAUAUGGAUCAAAUAUUGUUUCCCACCCAACAGAAAAACAAUUCGCUAAGCGACAGCGAUGAGGUGGAUCUUAAAUUCUUCAACACCGCCUCGGACAACCGCAAGGACAGCGAAACCUCGGAUAGUGGCGAGGGCAGCGCCAACAUCAAUGAUGCGGACACAGAAUUUAAGUUUGACAAAAACGAUGGCGACUCCGGAGAGCCACCACAAAAAAAGCAAAAGAGCAAGAAGGAGCUAGAGGAGGAGGAGCGGGAACGCAUGCAGGUGCUCGUUUCUAACUUUACGGAGGAGCAACUGGAUCGGUAUGAAAUGUACCGCCGCUCGGCAUUUCCUAAGGCCGCCGUUAAACGUCUAAUGCAAACGAUUACUGGGUGCUCUGUGUCCCAAAAUGUGGUCAUAGCCAUGUCCGGCAUAGCCAAGGUGUUUGUCGGCGAAGUGGUGGAGGAGGCGCUCGAUGUCAUGGAGGCCCAGGGCGAAUCGGGCGCUCUGCAACCCAAGUUUAUACGGGAGGCGGUGCGCCGAUUGCGCACCAAGGGACGCAUGCCCAUUGGACGUAUACAAAAGCCCUACUUUAGACUAAUCUGAAGCGACACUCAGUAUUCAAAUCAACCAAUACUUGCUGCAGUUCGCAAUCCAUCUAGUAAUUGUCAAUUAGUCGUAAGUUAAUGUAAGCAAAUGCACAAAAAGUCUUCGACAUUA